UUGGGCUUUGCCCAUUUGGAAAAUGAGAUCCGUCGAGGCAGCGAUUUUGCUCGGCAGCUGUUUGCUGCUGUUGGCACUGCCCGUACAGUCCGCACCUGGUAACCUGAACGGCCGAGUGGUGGGCGGUGAGGAUGCGGUGAAAAAUCAGUUCCCCCACCAGGUGUCCCUCAGAAAUGCUGGUUCCCACAGCUGUGGGGGCUCGAUUCUCUCCAGGAACUACAUCUUAACCGCCGCCCAUUGUGUAACCAACCAGGACUCCACUGGAAAUCACAUUCCCAUUGCUGCGGAGCGAUUUACCAUUCGAGCCGGCUCCAACGACCGAUUCAGCGGAGGAGUCCUCAUCCAGGUGGCCGAGGUGAUUGUCCACGAGGAGUACGGCAACUUCCUGAACGACGUGGCCCUGCUGCGACUAGAGACCCCCCUGAUCCUGUCCACGAGCAUUCAGCCCAUCGAUCUUCCCACUGCGGACACGCCUGCGGAUGUGGACGUCGUCAUUUCCGGCUGGGGAAGGAUCAAGCACCAGGGAGAUCUGCCGCGCUACCUGCAGUACAACACCCUGAAGUCCAUUUCCCUGGAUAGGUGCGACGACCUGAUCGGCUGGGGAGUCCAGAGCGAGUUGUGCCUGAUCCACGAGGCCGACAAUGGGGCGUGCAAUGGCGACUCCGGUGGUCCGGCCGUGUACAACAACCAGCUGGUGGGCGUGGCCGGGUUCGUGUGGUCUGCCUGCGGAACCAGCUACCCAGAUGGAUAUGCCAGAGUGCACUACCACAACGAUUGGAUCAGGAAUAACUCGGAUGUGAAAUAAUGCUGUCAUAGCUGUACUCCGGAAACUUCAUUUGAAUAACUGCUGGACGAUAAUAAAAAUGUUAAAUUUCACUAUGAAUAAAACUAUAAUUUUUAA